GAGUAGAGGGUUGAAGUCGUCCCUGUCGUUAAUACCUGUAUGAUUUGAUUUAAAUGUCAAGAGAUACACAUAUAUAAGAGACACCGUUCAGGGUAUGAGAAGGAAAAUAGAGAAGUCUAGCACAACAUAAAGUGGAUAAAAGCAUCGAGAAUCCCAACAUGGAAGCACCAAUUCAACCCAUGCCAAUACAUCUCCCUUCUGAGGGAAACAAACCUCAGGACGAAUUCAGGGGAACCGAAGGGGCGUACUUGCUCCCCCACCAUCAGGACGAAAUUGAGCGCCUGCAGCGACAGCAUUUCUUUAUCAAGGCGGCGACCGAUGAUAAGCUGACCCCAAUCGAUUUGCCCAUUGGGGCCCGGGUGUUAGAUUCGGGAUGCGCCGAUGGUGAGUUGAGCCAUAUGGCGAGCGCCGGACGGCCCGAUCUGGACUUCUGUGGGAUCGACCUGGGCAGUGCACUAUUCCGCCCCGAUCCCCGUCUUCAUCUCCGGGAGCACGACAUUCGGAAGCCCCUUCCAGAGUCAUGGGGAUACAAGAACAGUUUCGACCUGGUGCACCAACGGCUGCUGGUCUGGGGAAUCGGAACGCACGAGUGGACAGCGGUGGUGACCAAUCUGGCUGAUGCGGUCAAGCCCGGCGGCGUGCUGCAAUUGGUCGAAGCCGAAUGGGUUCUUAGUUCGUACACGGACGAGCAGGUGCAGCAGAAGAAAUUGGCCAGGGUGCAAGAGUGGUCGACAGAGUCAUCCGGCAUGGAUGUUCACAUUUGGAAGAAAUUUCCGGAUCUGCUCCUCUCGCUCGGUUUUUAUGACAUGAAGGUCCAAACCUACCCCCUGGGCUACGGUGCUACCUCCAAGAGACCCCAAGACCGCAUCUGGACGGCAGAACUUCUGCCACAAUCCUUUCGCCACCUGGCGCGGAAGAUCCCUGCCGAGGGUAUCCCUGGUGUGGCCCAAACCACCGAGGAGUAUCUGUCGUGGUUGGAUGAGCUAGUGAAGGAAAUGAAGCAGAUUGGAUAUACACCUAAGAUCAGAUGGUUGACCGCGCGAAAGGCAUAGGAUUCUUCACAAUUAUGCUUAGCUAAUUGGGCUGCGUACACCUUAGCUAGUUAACGUGAUCCACAAGUGAUGUUAGUACCCACCGGGUCACGUGCUUGACCGCCCUCGCUUUCUGCCCAGUAGACAUAGCUAGCCUGAGCCGAUAGGCACCCAAUCAAACCAACUAUCCACACACACCAAAAGGUUAUGAGCCCUCUUGC